AUGAGGCGAUCCUCUGAUGGAAUUAAUGGCCUUGAAUUGUGCACCCUCUCGAAUUUGGCCUUGAUAAGGUCUUGUACCUCCUCCGAUUGGUCCACCGCCAAUCGCGCAAGAUUUGUAUCCACCUACAGGACUCUGAGUCUCUUACGCCUCGUGUCAGUCGUCAUGGCACAGGCGGAUGGAAAGGUGGAGUUGAACGAGGCGGAGAUUGCUUCCGCUCCCAUGGUUACUUUACGUAAUGCAGCUUUCAAAUUCGCCUUCGAUAAGGGCUGCUUCGCCUCCCCUUUGUCGUCCACAACCAUGGAGUCACCGAGGUACAUGGCAAGGUAUACAGAACCGCCAUUGCGCUAUGAGUGGAUAUCCCGUGUUGUCAGCAGCGGUUCCCGUCUGGACAGGGAAGGAUGUUAUCCAUCUGCGGCACCCAACCUCCCCCAUCACAAGUGGGAAUACAGCGGUGAAAUUAGUCACCCUUCGAGCAAAGGAAUAUUUGGCGGGAAUCCAGAGGGUGGUUCCUUGGCAUUUCAUGGAGGAUCUGAUGUGGAGUAUGUCUUCCGUCAGAUUGAGAAGUAUUUUCUUCAGAAGAAUCCAAGCUUGCUACUGACUUUGCGCGGACUUAAUACGAUCAGUGGUGAUAACACUUCGGAAGCGUUGUUUGAUGGAAUCGAAAAAUUCAAAACUGACAACAGCAUUCUCCAUCACGAGAUGGCCGAAUGCCGCCUGAUUAAGACCCCAAUGGAGUUGGAGGUGAUGCGCUACGCGGUGUCAGUGAGCUCAGCAGCACAUCGCCACGUUAUGCGGAAGGUGAAACCUGGCAUGUUUCAAUUCCAGGUGGAGAGUCUAUUUCGCCACUACUGCUACGUCAACGGCGGCUGUCGUCACCUCUCCUACCCUUGCAUUGCUGCCACAGGUCGUGACGGGGCCACCAUCUACUACGGCUACCCCACUUCUCCUAACGACAAUCAGAUCCACGAUGGAGAAAUGUGCCUCUUUGAUAUGGGUGCAGAGUACUACUGCUAUUGCUCUGACAUAACCUGCUCCUUCCCUGUCAACGGGAAGUUCACGUCUGACCAGCGAUUCAUCUACGAGUCUGUUUUGGCUGCCGUCCGAGUAGUCAUAAGCCAUCUUCAGCCCGGUGUAAGUUGGAUAGAGAUGCACAAAUUGGCCGAACGGACACUCCUGGAACAUCUAAAAGCGGGUGGUUUGUUGCAAGGCGACAUUGAGGCCAUGAUGUCCGCCCACCUCGGUGCCACCUUUACGCCACGCGGCUUGGGCCACCUCAUCGGCUGCGAUGUUCAUGAUGUCGGAGGAUACAACAAGGGUGCACCCCCGAGACCGACAGAACCAGGUCUCAGGAACCUGCGUACCGCACGACGCCUCAUGCCCAACAUGGUACUGACUGUUGAACCAGGCUGUUACUUCAUAAAGGAGCUGAUCGACCAAGCCAAGUCUACGCCAGAGCUCAGACGAUUUCUGGUCCUUGAAGAGAUCGAACGAUUCGCCAGCUUCGGUGGGGUCAGGAUUGAGGAAGACGUACUGAUAACGGACGAAGGAUGUGAGGUACUCUCCGACGUCCCACGGACAGUGGAAGAGAUAGAAGAUUGGAUGUCUCGAGAAACGACCGAAUACGACUCCUUGAUGUAA